CCUCCGCAGGUGCUGUUCCGGGCGGCCGCCUUCGGGCUGAACGCCCUGACGCUGCGCCGCCUCUCCAGGGAGCUCCUCGGCGUCGUCGGCGUGAGGCUGACUCUGCUCUAUUCCACGGCCGUCUUCCUGGCCAGGGAGGCGUUCCGCAGGGCCUGCUUGAGCGGCGGCGCGGAGCGGAGCUGGGCCGCGACCAUCAACCUGCUGUGGCUGACAGUCCCUCUCGGUGUUUUUUGGUCUGUUUCCUUGGGCUUCGUCUGGCUGCACUUCCUUGAAGUUCCUGAUCCGUCUGUGGUUCCUCAUUAUCGGGCCGCUGUUGUGGCAUUUGGCCUUUCUGCAGUUGUUGAGCUUCUAGGAGAACCGUUCUGGGUUUUAGCCCAGGCUCACUUGUUUGUAAGACUUAAGGUAAUUGCUGAAAGCCUUUCAGUAGUAACAAAAUGCAUCCUGACGGUUAUUCUGGUCAUCCUUUAUCCGCAGUGGGGCCUUUACAUUUUUUCCUUGGCUCAGCUUUUAUACACCAGCGUUCUAGUACUGUGCUACGUGGUUUAUUUUGCAAAGUUCUUGGGAUCUCCUGAAGCAACAAAGAAGUCCUUUCCAGUUCCAACAAUGAAAGCUCUGUUACCGAACUUGAUGGAAGAUAAGACUUUCCUUAACUGGAAGGAAGUGCGGCUGACUUGGAGCUUCUUCAAGCAAUCCUUCCUGAAGCAGAUUUUGACAGAGGGUGAGCGAUAUGUGAUGACUUUUCUGAACGUGAUCAAUUUUGGCGAUCAGGGUGUGUAUGAUACCGUGAACAAUCUGGGCUCACUGGUGGCCAGGUUCCUCUUUUUGCCUAUUGAAGAGAGCUUUUAUGUCUUUUUCACUCAAGUAUUGGAAAGAGGGAAGAAUGUGAAGGAUCAGAAGCAGGAUGAUGUUGCUGUGGCUGCAAAUGUGUUGGAGUUGCUGUUGAAGCUGGUGCUUCUGAUCGGCCUAACCAUUGCUGUUUUUGGAUAUGCCUUUUCUCAGCUGGCUCUGGAUAUUUAUGGAGGUUCAACGCUCAGCUCUGGAACAGGUCCAGAUCUUCUGCGGUGCUACUCUUUGUAUGUCCUGUUUCUUGCUGUCAAUGGAGUAACAGAAUGUUUCACGUUUGCUUUGAUGUGCAAAGAAGAGGUAGACAGAUACAACUUUGUUAUGCUGGCCUUGUCCUUCACGUUCCUGUGCAGCUCUUAUUUCUUGACCCGCUGGCACGGAAGCGUUGGCUUUAUCCUUGCCAACUGCUUGAAUAUGGGUAUUCGCAUUGCUCACAGCAUCCAUUAUAUCUAUGGUUACUUCAAGGAAAGCUCCUACAGGCCUUUGACAGGCUUGUUUCCCUCACCAUUUUUAAUACUGGCUUAUGUCGUAAGUGGAGGAAUUACUGUUUGCUCAGAGGCAUUCUUCUGCUGUGACAAGGGCUGGACGGCAAGGCUGAUUCACAUCAGCAUUGGGGCGCUGUGCUUUGCAGCUACCACCAUCACCAUGUUCUGCACAGAGACCAAGCUGGUCCACUUUGUCAGAAGCCAGUUCCUCUCCCAGUAUAUGAAGAAAGGAACAUGAAAUGCUCCUGGGCAGAAUAACUCUUGUUUUCUUCCAACAGUCUCUUUGGUGAUGAAGGUCUGUAAUGCAGCUGCCUGAUAUAAACUGAUGGCCGGAGUUAAUGUGGGGAGCUCCCAUUCUUACCAGUAGGAAGUACACAUACGAAGGCAUUGUAUGGCUUAUGUCUUAAUUAAGAUGUAAUUAAGAAUGCCCUUAUUGAGCAUGUUGUGCUGUUGAAACUGUUACAGAAGAAAUGGUUUGACAUUGAAAACCAAAAACCAGAGCCAAAACCUGAAGCAAACACUAGAGCAAGGACCAAUCACAGCGUAACUGCUACCAAAAUAGAACUUAAUGCAGUGCACUAAAAAUUAAGUGAUCAGUGGCCUGAAGUGUAAAGCAUGAAGCAGACAGUUCUGACACUUGCAGGGAAGCUACUGGAAUACGUAGCACGUGUCCAAGUGCAAGCUGGCUAUGUAAGUUUCCUUCCUUCAGCACCAUUCAUGUAAUGAGAGUAUUGAUGAGCUUGUAAAAAAUACUCUGAAGCUUUUAUCUAAACAGAAAUGCAAUGGGUUUUUGAGCAGUGCCUAACAGCAGCUGUGACUACAGUCACAUCAAAGCUGAAGUUCCAGAAGGUAGAGUUAAACAUAAUUGACUUCACUCCUUUUCUCUUCCUAUCUGAGAUGAUCAAUGCAAUUAUGAGCAGCAAAUUUGUCUCCAUGGAAUGUCUUGCUUUUCUGCAAAGUGGAAUGUUCUGUAUGUUGAAUAAGAUUUCUUUCUGGGUUUGUAUGUGUUGGAUCUUCUGUUUUUGGAUAAAAAAAAUGCAGCCUUUUCUUACAAAGAGAUUUUUCAUCUGGCUGGCCCUUUUUGUGUUUGGUGUUAACCUUUGUGUUGAUUUUUAUUUAUUGAAGAUGCCAAUGUUCAGAAGCUAUAAAGUAAGGGUGUAGGUUGCAGAAUUUUGUUUACUACGGGUCCAAGAUGUUCUUGCUGGCCUACGAUCUGACUGUAGCAGUUUCAGAGCAUCCAAUUCAAACGAUUCUGUGAGUAGGACAUAUUAAAGAAGGUGUAAAGUUUGUUAGGAUAAAUGCACAAAACCUGCCCUGAACAGGGGCACUAAAAGUCACUCAGAUGCUUCAGAGCCCCAUCCAGCCUGACUUUUGACCUUGAAUGUCUCCAAGGAUGGAACAUCCACCACAUCUCUGGGCAACCAGUACCGGUGCCUCCCCACCCUUAUUGGAAACAACUUUUUCUUUACAUCCAGUUCACAACAGAUGAUCUGUGUGGGUCUGCGCCUGUGUCUGGCGUUGCUUUGUUCCAGGUGCAGCACCCAGCGUUUCCUCUGGAGUCAGUUUGCAAUUGGUGAAAGUUGUUUGAGUGAGAUAACUCAAAGGAUUGCAAAUGGAUGGAGAAUGCAGGUGAAGCACGUAGGGUUUCUGGAGUGAAGGCUGAGUUGUGACUGCAGAAAAGCAGAAUUACGAGGUGAAAAGAAAGGCGCAGCAGGAUGUUGGGGCAACUGGGUAUGUGACAGGACUCCACUGGGACUGCUCGCCAGGUAGGGAGAAGAGGGAAUGACUUGAUCUUCUCCAGAGGAAAGCUUAAGGAUGUAGUUUACCCAGAAGAUAUUCUAGUGUGGGAGCAGGGAGGUUUUGUGGCUGAAGAUGCAUUGAGCAAGGCUGGCAAAGCAUCUGUAGUCUGUUAGAGGAGCAUUAGAUCUAAAGCUGGAGUUUGUAUUGAUAGUGAGGGUUGCUGUGACCCAGGUGCAAGACCUUGCACUUGGCUUUUUUCAGCCUCUUGUGGUUCUCCUGGGCCCACUGCUGGGCCUGUCUGGGUGCCUCUGGAUGGCAUCCUGUCCCUUGGGUGUGUGUUGACCACACAGCACGGCUUGGUGUCACCUGCAAACUUGCUGAGUGUGCACUCAAUCUCACUGUUGAUCUGAUGGAUGAAGCUAUGAAAAAGUACUGGUCCUGGUACAUGCCCCUGGGGGGCACCUCUGGUCUCCUUCUGGGCAUUGAGCCACUGACCACUUUCUGUGCACCAUAUAAUAGAGGUCAGAACGCAGACUUCUGGCUACCAAAAAUCGUGUCAUGAUGGCAUAAAUUUUGUUCUUUAUCUGCUGUAUUAAAAUCCUGCCAUCUACUUAAUAGUUCUUUAUUUGUACUAAAUAUCAAGCUUACUUUUUUGUUAGAGGGCUGUAAUGUGGAACGAGUGGGUAUCAAGCAGCCAAAGAACGGGCAUAACCAGUUCAGAACAGUGUCAUCCAAGAGAACUAGAAUGUUAGCCUAAAAUAAAGCAAGGUGAGAAGUUUGCAGUCUGAGUGCAGUUAUUGCCUUACCGAGGUGAGAGGUUUGCUCAAUGGUCAGUUUCUUCAAUUAGAAUAAUACAGGUAGUAAUGCUCUAUUUUUUCUUCAAUGGUAACAUAAAGUUUCUUUGUUACUAGAAAUGAUAGGCAAGAGCGACUGCAUGUCGGUCAUGAAAUAUUAGCUGGAGACAUCCCUGUAUGGCCAACAAGCUUCGUGGAGGACGAGUUAAAUGGGCUUUACAGCCCUAAAGAGAUAGCAAAUAGAAAUAUAAGUUGGAGCCACUCGCGUCCACUUUGAGCAAGUCAGGACAUCCAGCUAUUGUUAAUGUUUGACACUGCAAUUAAUAAGGCAUGUUUUAAUGCCAGAUUUCAGUUAUUGGUAAAUCACUUGACCAUCAACAAGAAAAAAUGUUUCCAAAUAUCCAAACUUCAAUCAAUUUCUGUGUCAUGUCAUUCCACGUUCUUGUGUUUGUGCAGGUUAUGGCAGUGUGCAGUGACUGCCAGAGAAAUAUCACCCAGAUGAACGUAAGCAUGUAUGCCAAACGAGUACAGAUGUGUGAGAACAUCACAAGCUAAGCAAGUGUUUAUGUUGCUACAGAGCAAGCUGUAAGUGUUGGUGAAACCCAGUUUUUGCUGCUGUGUACAUAACUAUUCUAUGAAGACAGGCUGAGAGAGCUGAGGUUGUUCAGCCUGGAGAAGAGAAAGCACCAGAGAUGCCUUGUGUGGUCUUGCAGUGCUUAAAGGGAGCUUAUGAACUGGAGUGAGGGGCUGUAUGGACCAUGGGACCCCAAACAGGUGCUCCUUCCAGCCAAAGUGUUCUAUGAUUAUUUGAGCAAAGUCCAUGUAUACAGCAAUUAGGAACAAGGUACAGAUAUGUUCCGUUGCUCUCUGCUGCCUCAUUCUGGGCUUAAAUGUGUGUAUGUGUUCGAGAUGAGGAAGACCUUGAGGCAAAUCUGCACACAGCAAAUCAAAAACAAGAAGUAGUUGAUGUAAAAAUAUUUCCCUAAUAUUGACAUCAACUUGAGUUUGUGAGUUUUAAGCAUCUCUUGCUGAAGUAGAUUCUGAAAAAGACCUGAUCAAAGCCAGGAUGCGUUGAGUAAAUGCACUCUUCCAAAAGCAAAUGGAUUCUGUCACCUGAGUUGAAUUAUGCCACCUACAACUAGUUUCCCUUGAACUUGAAGAAGUUGUGAAGGGUUCUGAGUGGUUGUGUGGCUUCUUUUGCCUUCCUGCAGCUGUGAAUUAGGUGGAGAAAUACUGCAGCUGAAAUGUACGUGGUUUUGUCUCUCGAAAAUUCACUGCUGGCACGGAAUUCAGCCUGUGAAAGUAAAGAGGUCAUGACACAACAUCUGAUUUAUGGAGUGCGCUGCUAUUGCCACCAGUAAUACUGUGACUGCUGGAAUAGAAAAAUAACUCUAGAGCAGAGCUGCUGUAAUAGUGCCCUUUUGACCAUCGUUCAGUGGAUUACAGGAGCUGGAUUUCCCCUAGAAUUAUGCUUGGGAGGUAAAUGUGAGCAAAAUGCUUAUGCUGCUCGGAUGUCAGGUUUUGUUGAUUUGUUUGUGAUAGUUUCUGCCUCAGUUCUAUUUCCUGAUCGUGUUUGCACCUUUGCUAGUGAUUUUACAGGCAGAUUCUGUAGUACUGUGACAGAGGUUUCUUAAACUCAUGUAAUUAUUGACAUUGCCCUUAAAUUGAGUUAAUGCAGGCUACCU